UCUCUCUUCUUUAUACUCUGCUUCUCCCAACACCCUUUUUUUUUUUCUCUCUCUCUCUCUCAUUCAACACCUCAAACAUGAAGCUUAAUCUGCUGCACCUUGGAGCUCUCUUGUUUUUCCUUUUCUUCUUAGUUUCUUCGUAUGCUCGGCCACUCACUACUGAACAAGGGAGGAACAGAUCAAAACUGAAUGAGGUUUUUGGGGAGGAGGACUUUGCUUUGGAGUUGGAGGGAGGUGAAUCUUUGAAGCAGCUGCUAGGGGUGGAGGACUGCAGAGGUGGAGACGAAGAAUGUGUGCAGAGAAGAAUGACUUUAGAAGCUCACCUGGACUACAUCUACACCCAGCACCAUAAGCCUUGAAAUCAUAAUCCUCCAUUUUGUAUAUUAUUUUCACAAUUUAGCUUAUAGAUUGUGUUAAGCUAGGAUGUCAAUUAUUGUUUGUUGCUCUCUAAUCCAGAAAUUUUUACCAACUUUUUUACGUUGUACUUGCCGAACAUUAAAAAUACAUUAAAAUUAAUAUGUAUUUUGAAGAUAUAACAGAAAAACAACACG